CCAAACCCGGGUAAGGCUGCUCACUCUUCUGCGAUCAAUGCUUUAAACCUGCUGUAGCACUAGAAACAGCAUGCAUUACUUUUCUGAUUUAUUCUGGAAUGAUUGUGUUUGGAGAGCUUGACCUGGAUCCGUAGAUGACUGGCGGCCGGUGCGCGCAGCAACGCAAUUAGAUCCAAUUCAAAAAAUCACAUUCACAGACAACUCGUGAAGGAGCAUGACAUGAUGAUGAUUCUGCAUGGUUUAGCAGAGAGAUUGUUACUUUCUAUCACCACUUUCGAUUAGAUCUUUUUCUUCUUCUUCUUUGUGAAAUCACCAUGCCGCACUCUCGCAACAGGAACCCAAGUCCGAUCCCAGAGGUGACAUGGGACACGGGGUUGAAAGAGAUGAACGAGACCUGGAAGGGGGCUAUUGCUUGCUUGGGAGUUGCUGUCUUUUUUGUCAUGACAAUUGGGAUCAUUUAUUGGCAAGUUGUGGAUCAGCCCAACAAGAACUGGAUCCUGAAGGGGAGCUUUAGUGGGCUUAUUUGGGAGAGACGGACGCAAACUCUGGUCAUACAGACACUAACUGAGGACAAGACCUUUGCGGAGAUAGUCGUGGAGAACGUGGGGAACACCGAUAUUGAGGUUCCGUUCGUGAGGAACAUGUGCUGGCUUAACAAAACCGAGUUCUGCUACACUUGGGAUUCGGUCGCAGAGGUGAAGAUAUCUUUGGAAUCAGAUGAGGACUCAGAUACCGAGUGUUACAGUGUAACCUGGACUCCAAUUCACUGUCAUGUGGACCUGAAGGACUGUUUCUCCAUGGUGAAUAUUUCGUGGUACGGAGGUGCCAGUGUCCAUGCACCCAACUGGCCGAUAAACGAUGCCAACAUUUCCAUGCAGCCCUUCACAGUCAGUGACCUUAGGGACAACCCUUCUGGCUUCGGGUCAGUUUUAGAACGCUACUUCCUGGGAUCCUCAGGUGUGUCAGUUCUAGUGGCCCCGAACAUCCCACUUCAUGUAGGAAUAGAGAGCAGACAGCAGUACUGUUUGCAGACGCCGCCCAGUAUGGAGCGCAUGCCGUUGCAGUACACCGUGUGUGUUGGACACAACAUUCGAGCUGUCCAUCAGGAGUCAAUGCAGCAGCUCUCCACAGCCAGACGAGAACUGCCAAACAUGGAUGUCUUACGGCUGCCUUUCUGGAAGCUUCUAGCAAACGUGGACUCAGGGGCCAAGCUAGAGCGCGAGCUGAGGACCUUCUCAAACCGGCUGAAGCGGCAUCACCUGGGGGAGGGAGUCAUCAGCCUCGACGAACAUUCCACUGCUCUCCUCGACAACAUGGACCACAGCUACCUCAAUAGCAAGAAAAGGAUGUCUAAGAGAAAGACGAGGGACCUCCCUUUUGUGAAGCUUCUAAACAUUUCCAUCACCCUGUCCCCGUACCUGAGCGUGCCUCUGUUGACUCAGUGGAAAGGAAAGUACAGUGUGAAGCUCAACAUCUCCAACCCAGAAGCCACAAAUUGGUUUCUAGACAAAGUGGACAGCUUGCAUAGCCAUUUGGGCAUGGAGUAUGUCAUCCUGGAAGGAGGUGAGGGAAACCCUUUCGAGGAACAAGCCCUGCGCCUCCCUCUGGCAUGGGUUGGGGAUGAAUACAUCAGACUCUUGGCUGACCUGGCAGAGAGGAUAGGGGACAAUGCCAUUGUGACCUCAGGAACAAGGUCCAGCCACAAAGCGCUCUUCAUCCGUAUGAGUGCACUGCAGUCAGACUGGAGUUACUCUGGGCUCAAAGGCAUCAUUCCAUCCCUGCUGCAUUACAGCCUUCUGGGAUAUAGUUUCUUCAUUCCUGAUGCAGUAGGAGGCUCGCUCUCUGCCGAACUGGUUGCCGAUGAUGAGCUCUACGUUCGCUGGCUGGAAAUCGCAGCCUUUCUUCCUGUCAUCAGCUUCCAGACACCUCCAUGGGUCUUUGAGAAGGAAUGGGUCCUAAACCUCACCAGAUUCUACAUAGCCAAGCACCACGACUUUGUCAUUCCUUUGAUACUGAAAUACGCAGAGGAAUGGAAGGAUACUGGAAACCCCAUCUACAGGCCGCUGUGGUGGCUCAGUCCAAACGACCCGAUCACGUGCACCAUUGAUGAUGAGUUUCUCAUUGGAAAUGAGGUCCUUGUUGCGCCGGUUACUGAAAAAGGAGCUUUACAAAGAGACAUUUACCUGCCGGAGAGUGACUUUCAGUGGCAGGACACUAAGAAUGCUCAAAUGUUUGACGGAGGGACGUUUCUGGAAAGUUACCCGGUCAGCCUUGGGGACGUGGCGGUAUUUGUUCGAUGGAGAUCCUGAGGCUUACUUACCACUUUUUUUCUAUUUUUGAAGAUUUUUGUGCUGAUCUCAAAUUGCACUUUCCAUAAAGACCAUUAUCUGUGUCUCAAGAAAUCUUGAGAUUAGGUAGAAGAUAAUUUGCACUUUAAAAAUCUAAGUGGUUUAUAUUUUCUCAUGAUUUUUAGAUCCCUCUUGUUUUUCUUCCGCUACUUGUUUUGUUAAUUCAUAAGAUUUUUUUGGACUUUUUUCUUCAGAACGCAGUUUACAUUUGAUAGAUUCUUACAGUCUCUUAAAUUGUUAUCAUGACAUGGAGCUAGAAAUCAAACCCUUUGCUUAAAAACAAU